CGUCUUGGCAAAUGCUUGAUUCACCCGACUGUGAUAUCGUCAGGCAGAACACACGAACAUCUCUGAGAGCACGUCUAACCGCGUUUGAGACGCCAGAAUCCUCUCUUUCCAAGUCACUUUCUCCCAAAGAUGGUAUACCAAUAGGCGCAGCUACCUCGAGACUCAGACACAUUAGGACGUAUUUGGACUAGCAAACGUCAAAGUACUUAAAAGGAGCGUUUGCCAAACCAACGAUAUGAAAGCAUCUGGACAUCUUCAUCAAUUCAAAUAAGCCAAGUUGAUUCUUGAAUCUCACAGCAUAAUGCAAGUCCUCAUUAGCGGAGCAGGUAUCGCCGGUCCCACGCUGGCUUGGUUUCUGGCCAGGACUGGUGCGCAUGUCACAGUUAUUGAGAAGUGCAAGUCAAUUCCCACCUACGGCCACAACGUCGACGUCAACCACAGCGCUAUCACUGUCCUGAAGAAGAUGGGCCUCAUGGACCAACUUCGACGUUUCAACACAACAGAAAAAGGAACACAGUUCAUCGAUCCAAAAGGGCGCCCUUUUGCUCCUUUCCCUGUCAAGCAGGGCUCUUCCGCAAGCCCUACGUCAGAAUUUGAGAUCCUUCGAGGGGAUUUGGCUACAGUAUUGUACGAAGCCACGAAGACCCAUUCAAACAUUGAGUAUCUCUUCGGCACUACCGCCACCAAAGUCAUAUCCAAUGACGACACCAACGUCAAAGUCGAGCUAAGCAACGGAGAAGUGCAAGAGUACGACUUGUUGGUCGCAGCAGAUGGCCAGUGGUCAAAGGUGCGAAAGCAAGUCUUCCCCCAAGAAAGCAUCACCGUCAUCGACAAGAACAUGUACGUCGCCUACGCCGCCAUCCCCCGUCUUCCCGAGGACAACGACUGGUGGAAUAUAUACCAGGCCCUGGGAUCGAAGAUCAUUACCACUAGACCCGACCCGCAUGGCACCAUACGGGCCAUGUUCACGCACAUGCCCUGCAACAGCGCACAGAAGACGGCAUGGCAGGAGGCCGCACGAGGCGACAAGAAGCUCCAAAUGGAGCUCGUGAGGCGGGAGUUCCUGGACGCCGGGUGGCAGACGCCCCGGAUCAUGGACGCCAUGGCGCAGGCGGAAGAUUACUACUUUCAGGACCUGAAGCAGAUCAAGAUGAAAAGGUGGUCCAGCUCUCGUGUCAUCUGCCUGGGAGAUGCGGCAUUUGCACCGACGCCCCUCUCAGGCAUGGGGACUACGCUGGCCAUUAUUGGAGGUUACAUGCUUGCUGGUGAGCUCACCAAACUCACACCCGGGGAACAUCCUUCCCGGGCAUUCGAAGCUUACGAGGCUGCCUUUCGCCCCUACGUCGAGGAGACUCAGAGCGUUCCGUGGUUCUUCCCAGGAGUCGCACAUCCGGUCUCGGCAUGGCAGAGAUGGUUGCUGGGAACGGUCGUGUCGACGAUGUCCAGAGUUGUUGCAAUACCUUGGGUGGCUAAGAGGUUCUUUGAUGAUACGAAUAAUGACGAUUCGGAGUUUCCACUACCGGCAUAUUCUCUCCUAGACGAUGAGAAGCUAAAAUGAGACAGGUUUGCGACGGUAUGCAAUAGGCGGGGCAGUGGUGCACUUGGUACUAGAUGAACAGUUUGGGAAGGGGUCUAAGUCAUGCCCAGUCAUGGGCAAAGAUGAGUUUAGUCGGUUAAGCAUGUUGACGACUUAAUUGACAAGUUCUACUUUAUUGAAAACUGACGAGAAGAGAUAUUCGUAGUUAGUAAUUUCAGGGAGUAUAAUUAAGAGCAAGGGAGAAAGUGAAGAUGCGAUGCCAACAUGACUUUAUAAUGAGCAGGAGCAUCAGCCACAAGCAAAGUAAUGCUAGACCGCCUACCAAAGA